AUGGUCGAAACGAUCCAAGACAAAGCAUACGCUGAGAUCUCGUCAGUGUAUCCCAAUGAUACAGAACUGUUGUCAGCAGCGACAGCAGAAGGCCCCGACUUUGCAGACAAGCUUCCGUAUCUGCAUGAGCUAGGUCAGGAAUGUCUGCGCUAUUUCACCGUACUUAUGCUAUCGCUUCCACGAACUACCACCCAGCCCUCUGUCUACAACUCCAAGCAUAUUCCGGCAGGUACCACUCUCUGGCUCAACGCCUGGGCGUGCAAUAUGGACUCUGAGAUCUGGGAUGAUCCAGAAGUGUUCCGUCCCGAGCGCUGGCUUCAGCGACCGAACGCACCUUUCUUCACCUAUGGUCUUGGUCAUCGGAUGUGUGUCGGAGUAGCUCUUGCCAAUAGAGAGCUUGAGCUGGUACUCUUGCGUGUCCUGGGAUAUUUCGAGAUCCAGUCUGCACACCCACAGGAGACAGAUGCAAGCCCGUGGACAGGGAGUUCCAAUCGCAGCGUCGCGGGCGGCUUUCCCAAGCAUUAUGAGGCGUACUUCAUGCCGAGAGACGAGGAGAACCUGCGAAGAGCAUUGGGUGCCAGAUCUUGA